UUUGUUUUGUUUCCGUACAUUAUCAGUUACAUAUAUCUUUCUGGUUUGUAAUGCGCUAAGGCUCACACACAUUAACCAGCUGGAAACUACUCUUCCAUGCAUUCAUGUCGAUUAUUGAUUGCACACUUAAAUAUAUAUUCGUAGAACCAAGAAGCUAUAGGAGUGGUUUCAGAUGUGAAGCCAAGAAUUUAAGUGGUGAGGCUGUUGAGAAGAGCAAACCUGAAGGGCUCUAUAUUGAGAAAAAUUUAAGUGGUGAGGUUGUUGAGAAGAGCAAACGUGAAGAGCUUCAUAUUGACAAAAAUUUAAGUGGUGAAUCUGUUGAGAAGCGCAAGCAUGAAGGAUUUUAUAUUGACAAAGAUGGCAAAUGGAGAAGCUUUGAACCAAAGAAGUUGUCUAGGAAACGAUGUGGUUCUUUAAGAGGACGAGGAUGGAAAUAUGGAUCCGGUUUUGUUGAUGGAAUUUUUCCAGUACUGAGUCCCAUUGCUCAGCAAAUUUUGGACUUUUCCCUGAAUGACCUGGAUCCCAAUCAACUUUGGCGUUCUCUUGAUACUCUCCCUGCCACUUAUACCACAUGGGAUGAUAUCAUCAAUGUAGUUGUUCAGCUUCGGCUAAAUAAAAAGUGGGACUCGAUUGUGUUGAUAUGUGAAUGGAUCUUGCACAAGAGCUCCUUCAAACCAGAUGUAAUGUGCUACAAUUUGCUUAUAGAUGCUUAUGGGCAGAAAUCACUGUGUAAGGAUGCAGAAUCUGCAUAUUUAGAACUUAUUGAAAGCCGGUGCAUCCCCACUGAAGACACUUAUGCCCUUCUUCUAAAGGCCUACUGCAAAUCUGGGCUACUAGGGAAAGCUGAAGCUGUAUUUUCUGAAAUGCGAAAAUAUGGUCUUCCCCCAAGUGCAGUUGUCUACAAUGCUUUUAUUGAUGGAUUAAUGAAGGGAGGAAACCCUCAAAAAGCAGAAGAGAUCUUCCAAAGAAUGAAGAAAGAUUGCUGCGAACCAUCUGUUGAUACUUACACAUUGUUGAUCAACUUAUAUGGAAAGAUGCCGUUUCCCUCAAUUCAGUUCGAUUGGACAGGAAAUAAAUCCUAUAUGGCCCUGAAGAUGUUUGAUGAAAUGAGAAGUCAAAAGUGUAAACCUAAUAUCUGCACAUAUACUGCUUUGGUGAAUGCAUUUGCUAGAGAGGGAAAUUGUGAGAAAGCAGAAGAAAUAUUUGAGCAGCUGCAAGAAGCUGGACAUGAGCCAGAUGUGUAUGCUUAUAAUGCCCUCAUGGAGGCUUACAGUCGUGCAGGUUUUCCUUAUGGGGCAGCCGAAAUCUUUUCACUCAUGCAGCACAUGGGGUGUGAACCAGAUAGAGCUUCAUUCAAUAUCAUGGUAGAUGCAUAUGGGAGAGCUGGUCUUCAUGAGGAUGCACAAGCUGUAUUUGAAGAGAUGGUGCGACUGGGGAUAAGUCCAACCAUGAAAUCCCACAUGCUACUUUUAUCCGCCUACUCCAGAACUGGCAAUGUUGCUAAAUGUGAAGACAUUGUGAACCAAAUGCAAAAAUCCGGGCUUGAACCUGACACAUUUGUGUUUAACAGCAUGAUGAACCUGUAUGGCCGGUUAGGCCAAUUUGGAAAGAUGGAGGAAGUUUUAGCUGCAAUGGAUAAAGGACCAUAUGUAGCUGAUAUCAGCACAUAUAACAUCUUAAUAAAUGUAUAUGGACGUGCAGGGUUUUUGGACAGAAUGGAAGAGCUUUUUCAGUCACUUCCCACAAAGAGUUUGAAACCUGAUGUGAUUACUUGGACUUCUCGGCUUGGAGCAUAUUCAAGAAAGAAACUAUACAAAAGGUGCUUUGAAAUUUUUGAAGAAAUGAUUGAUUCUGGUUGUUAUCCUGAUGGAGGCACUGCUAAAGUACUCCUCUCGGCAUGUUCAAGCCAAGAACAGAUUGAGCAGGCUACUACUGUAAUUAGAACAAUUCACAAGAAUAUGAAAACUGCUUUGCCUCUUUGAUGGAUGCUUGUUUUUAGGUUUAGAUCAAAGAAAUAGGUAUUACAGUUCUGUAGCCAGCAGGUUCCCCAAACAUUAUGGCCAUCUAUUUGUAUUUCAAUGAAAGUUUUCAUUUAGAUAAAGAGAUAAAGUUAAAACCUGUAAAAACCUUUCUACUUGUUAAAUACUGCUGUUAGAUAGCAAUCAACAUUGCAUUCUUGCAUUGCUUUACUGUAGAGUGUAGCGGAUAUAGUUCUUGAAA